AUGUUUUCAAGCCCGCCUAUUCAGCCGCCACGCUAUCGUCCCUCUGCUGCCAACCCUGCGGGCUACACAUCCACCGUCGUGGCCAACGCUCCACGGCCCCAUCCACCUUUGCGCCUGGUUUUCCGUUCUCCCCCGCCCUGCCUACGAGAUCCAGAGCGCAGUUGUUCCGGUCGGCCCUCCUUUCCCAAAAGCCUCGCCCAUCACCAAGCUACCUUGGAGCCCUUUUCCCAUACCGGGGCUCGGGGCGGCGUCUUCACGAGCUGCGGUGAUGUUCGUCCAGGAGGUCGUGGACCUCUCUCGCGGCCGCUUCCGCUUGGUACUCCGCAAAGGACCAGCCGACGAGCUUCCUGGCGAAGCGAGCUGCUUCCUCGCGAGUCUGGAAGGUUCAGUGUCAGCGAGUUUCUCCCCGUGAGGCGGCGCGAGCUUGCAAACCUGUUGGAGGCUGGCGAGGAGCGCCGCAAGGGUACCGUCGAGUUCCGUGCUCGAGGGGGCCAACCCUUCGUCGUCGGAAUCCGUGUCUCCCCAGCUGCCAUAGCCAGCCUCUCUGCCGUAUCCCUCGAGGUGGUGAACGUAUGCUGCGCGGGCGUCCAGGGCCGCCUUCCAAAGAUUGACCAUGAGGGCCAUCACCUGUUCCCAGGACGCCUAAGGUGGCCGAGCCAAUGUCAGCCAACGGGAAUCCCACACGGGCAGGCAACUCACGAGCGAGGCUCGCCAAACAUCCAUCCUCCCACACGCCAAGCACGCGUCAGCCCCUGUGUCUCCUCCGUAAGUAACCGUCUGCUGGGCGGGCGACGACGGCACGCUUUACUGACAGAAUGGCGCAGAGACCCGUCAUUCGGCCUUGGUGCUCCAUCGCUUUGUGGUCGGUCGUUUCCGUCGGCUUCAGAGGCCGGUCAAUCGAUUGUUGGGUGGCUGGUUGUUGGUGUCGGCAGCGAAGACUGGGGGGUUGGAGGAAGAGAGACUCGAGGAGGGCUGGAGGAAGAGAGAGACUCGAGGGAGCGCAAGGGUCGUCGGUCAGUGCCAGAGGCCUUGGGGUGCAGCCGGGGCGGUGAGAGGUUCGCUGUUCAAAAGGCAGCUCCCAAACUCACGGAAAGCGCAGCGAGAGUGAAUCAUGCGCAAGCAAACGCGCCUCCAGCCAACAGCCGCUGCUGGGCCUGUGGCAAAAGCAAACUGGUUGGCACGCGCGCGGGCCCGGACAACGGCGGAGUGGAGGCAGAAGCAAGUUUGUUGUUUUCUCUCUCCUCGCCAUUCUCGCUCGCAGCCUCGCCGCUCGAGCCCUUGGUCGGUUCUCUCCUCUCAGUCUACGCCGGCAGCCUCUCUCCAGUCCUUUCGAGACCACCCAAGCGGUUGGUCGGUUCCCCCUUCGGUCACGAACUCGCGAAGAGCGCAGCAAAGGUGCACCGUGCUUGUGUGAAUGCCGCCUCUUCGCAUCUGCGGCUCCCGGGCAACGAUGGUUUGUUGUUUCUCUCGUCGCCAUUCUCGCUCGCAGCCUCGUUUCGGCUCUCACCACCUGAGCGCUUUGCCGGUUCUCCCGUUGCCAUUCGAGCUCACAACAUCUCCUCGUUCUUUGCCACUCUCGCGCUUUGCCGGUUCUCUCCUCGCCGUUCUCGCCCACACGCUCUGUCUCUCUUCGCCGCCGCCGCCGCUCUCAGCCUCUCACCUCCUUGCUGCUCCCUUCCAAGCCAGCCCAAAGGCGCACGUCAGAAGCAUACCCCCCUCGAGCCGAUGAAGAUCCCCGAGGAUGUACACACCUCGGUACGAGAUAUGAUGGCCUAUCUGAGGUGGCUACCGACGAUCGUGAAGAGGGAUGACGCCCCAUCGGUGUUUCCUUAUCCAGUGAGCAUGACCACUGGUAAGGAGAAGUCGAAGUGGAUGGCCGAGUUGGAGGAGGAGUGUGCGACAGAGGUAAAGACCGCGAAGCAAUUCUUCUGCGGCUCAUCAGGAGGAAAGAACUGCAUCUUGGGCCUCGGUCUCAUGCCGCAACACAACCCGGUCGCCGAUGGCAAACGACUGAUCACGAAGACGAAGGAGUGGCAUGCGUUCGCUAUUGCGUGGAUAAAGACGGUGGAGCAUGGCCGCAGGGUGCUGGUUAUCUGGGACCCCGACCCAACUCCCAAAGACUCGAAUCGGUCGGUGCAUCUUCUGCGUGGGCUCCAGGUCAAGCUCUUUGAGGAAGCCAGGCUCAAGUGCAAGAACACGGAGGUGUACUACAGCACCUUGACGAGGUUCAGCGGACGAGACGAGUGCUUAAAAAGAUCAUUUGAGAAGCUGAAGGAGUGGAUUACGUAUGAGUUUGAUGAUUUGUUUGGAGAAGAAAAUGAUCAGCGGAUCAAUGAUUGUAUUAGAUUAGAAAAGUAA